AAGACAAUGUCCAUACUUAACGACACCCAGUUUCAUCCUUCUUCAUUCCACCUCUUGGGUAUCCCUGGGCUGGAAGCUGUGCACAUCUGGAUUGGAUUUCCCUUUUUCUUUGUGUAUCUUAUUGCACUCCUGGGGAAAGCUGCUGCCCUGUUUGUGAUCCAGACUGAGCAUAGUCUCCAUGAGCCCAUGUCCUACUUUGUGGCCAUGUUGGACUCCGUCGCUGGCUUGUCCACAGCCACCAUCCCCAAAAUGCUGGGUAUCUUUUGGUUCAGACUCAGGGAUAUAUAUUUUGAAAGCUGCCUUUCCCAGAUGUUCUUCAUCCAUUUCUUCACUGCCCUGGAGAGCACUGUGUUGAUGGCCAUGGCCUUUGACCACUACAUUGCCAUUUGUAAACCCCUUUGGUAUACCCUGAUCCUCACCAGCAAAAUCAUCAGCAUCAUUGCAGGCAUUGCUAUUCUGCGGAGUCUAUGCAUGGUGAUCCCACUGGUCUUUCUUCUCCUGAGGCUACCCUUCUGUGGCCACUAUAUCAUCCCUCAUACCUACUGUGAACACACGGGCAUUGCCCGUCCAGCCUGGGCCAGCAUCAAAGUCAACAUAAUAUUUGGUCUUGGGGAUAUGUCCAUAUUACUAUUGGAUGUGCUUCUUAUUACUCUUUCCUCUGUCAGGAUCCUCCAUGCUGUCUUCUGUCUGCCCUCCUGGGAAGCCCAGUGCAAAGCUCUCAACACCUGCGGCUCCCACAUUGGUGUUAUCUUAGCUUUUUUCAUGUCAGCAUUUUUCUCUUUCUUGACACACCAUUUUGGCCACAGUAUCCCCCAGUAUAUCCAUAUCCUCUUAGCCAACCUAUAUAUGUUUGUUCCACCAGCCCUCAGUCCUGUAAUCUAUGGGGUCAGGACCAAGCGGAUUAGGGAGCGGGUUUUGAAGAUUUUUUUUUAA